AUGCAAACUCCAUUGAAGGUGGCGGUCAUUGGAGCUGGACUCUGCGGGCUAAUCGCGGCUCGGGAGCUUGAAAGAGAAUCCCAUGAAGUCGUGGUAUUUGAAAAAGCCCACAGAUUGGGUGGAGUUUGGGUCUAUGAUCCAAGAACAGAAUCGGAUUUACUCGGAAUCGAUCCACAGAGAGAAAUCAUUCAUGCAACAAUAUACAAAUCUUUACGUACAAAUAGCCCACGUCAAAUAAUGGGAUUUUCAGAUUAUCCGUUUCAAGGGAAAGAAUACGGCGACCCACGGAUGUUUCCGGGGCAUGAAGAGUUUUUAAGAUAUGAGUUUCAAGUGGAAUGGAAGAGGAUUCCGGUGAGUUCGGCUUCGAGUUCAAACUCGAUUGAGGUGUUUGAUGCUGUGGUUGUUUGUAAUGGUCACAACAGUCAACCUAGGGUGGCUCUCGACAUUCAAGGAAUGAAUGAAUGGACUAAGAAACAACUGCAUGCUCAUAAUUAUCGAGUUCCUGAACCAUAUCGAGAUCAGGUUGUGGUUAUUAUUGGUAGUGGGUCGAGUGCGUAUGACAUAUCAAGAGAAAUAGCAAUCGUUGCCAAAGAAGUUCACUUAUCAUCAAGAUCACCAGAUGCUAAGGUCUCAAAAAUGGAUAAAUUCGAUAAUAUAUGGCAGCAUUCGAGGAUAGAUCAUGUUUUCCAAGAUGGUACAGUUACGUUUCAAGAUGAAGUAUCCAUUAAAGCAGAUACAAUUAUACAUUGUACAGGGUACAAAUAUCAUAUUCCCUUUCUUAAAAUGAAGGGCAUUGUAAGCGUUGAAGAAAAUCGUGUUGCACCUACUUAUGGACAUGUUUUCCCUCCACAACUUGCUCCCAAACUAUCAUUUGUGGGACUAUUUAACAAGGGUAUGACAUUUCUUCCAGCAGAACUGCAAUCAAAGUGGAUAGCUCAAGCAUUAUCCGGGAAAGUUUUAUUGCCAUCCGAAAAAGAAAUGUUACAUGAUGUAGAAAAAGUUUACAGACAAAUGGAAGAGAGGGGAAUCCCCAAGAGCUACACUCAUUCACUUAAUCAUCAAAUGGAUUACAUGGAUUGGUUAUCAGAUCAAUUAGGAAUAACACAGCCUCCACAAAAGCUAAAGGACUUUUAUGCACAAUUCAUAGAACUUUUUCAUGACGAUCACGAAGGCUUCCGUGAAGCGUUUGAAUACAGUUUAUCAAACGACGAUGGGAUUUAAAUCAAUUCCUUUUGAUUUAUUUAAGUAGUUCAUCCUUUAAUCAACUAUAAACUUUGGCUUUGGUGAUGUAGUGAUAGAAACAAAACAUAUGUUACAUUUUCCUUUCCAUUUUUUCACUGCUUUUGUAAAAGCAUCAUCGAAAACUAUCCAACACUGUCUGGGAACACACUCUAACAGUAUGCACAAUGCAACAUAAACACGAGUUUAUGUUUUUAACAUAAAGUUAAUUCAUUGAGCUCCAUGUAUCAGACCAGAAACAAUAGUAGGGUUAGGCAAUUCUUUUGUCUCGUGACAAUUUUGUUUCCAAUAGGAACACAAAAGGUUAGUCAUGCUAUAUUGUGUCUACAUUUAUAAAUUUGGCCAACAAUGAACACCAAU